AUGAAUUGCCAGAAGUUGUCAUUGGAAGCUAGCACCCAUGCAGCUCAGAAUGAGAGGCUACCAUUGCGGGUCAUUGUCCAAGUUCUUUUUUUUGAACAGCUCAGGCUGCGUACAUCUGUGUCUGGUUGGCUUUUUGUCUCUGACAACCUCGAGAAUUCACAAGACCUAAGUGAGAAUCUAGUACCAAGAAAUGACUGCAUGGUUCCCGUGAGUUCUGGAGGCGAUCAGAUUGACACGGUUAAUGACAUGAAUGGACGGGUCUCUGAGCUUGAAAAGGAGUGCUUGAAUAUGAAACAAGAGAUAGAGAAGCUCGUAAAGACUAAGGGAAGUUGGGACAACUUCCUUAACAGAUUCGCAUUAAAAUUUAAGACGAAGUCUUUUGACUUAAAGUCAGUGAAGAUGCCCUGCAAAGGCCUAGAAGUAAAAACGCCAAGAAAAGCAGUUUCAAAUGGAAAACAAAAUCACGAUACAUGUAAGUUGAAUGAUCAAAUGCCUGAUCUUUAA